UAAAUAUAUAUACAUCCAUACCGUCGCCGGGAGCUGCUUCCCGAGAGAGCAGGAUGGCUUCAGAUCCCCUGUCGGACCUCCACGACGAUUUGGAUAAAGAUGUAACUAACCUGUCUCUGGAUCAGCUGAAACUUGCUUCGCUGGAUGACAAGAACUGGCCUUCCGAUGAUGUCCAGGACUUCCCAAAGCCAGCCGAAGACUCUAAAGCUUCACCCGACCCCGUCACCCACCUUCGCUGGGACGACCCUUACUAUGACAUCGCUCGGCAUCAGAUUGUAGAGGUGGCCGGUGAUGAUAAAUACGGACGGAAGAUUGUGGUGUUCAGCGCCUGCCGACUGCCUCCCUGCCAUGAACUGGACCACAUAAAGCUUUUGCAGUACCUGAAGCACACGUUGGAUCAGUACGUAGAGAGCGACUACACGCUGGUUUACCUGCACCACGGACUGACCAGCGAGAAUAAGCCGUCUCUGGGCUGGCUAAGGGACGCCUACCGGGAGUUUGAUCGCAAGUACAAGAAAAACAUUAAGGCCCUGUACAUAGUCCAUCCUACCAUGUUCAUCAAGACUUUGCUGAUUCUGUUUAAGCCUCUGAUCAGCUUCAAGUUUGGCAGGAAGAUUUUCUACGCGAAUUAUUUGAGUGACCUCGAGGAGCACAUGAAGCUGGAGCAGCUGGGAAUCCCCAAGCAAAUACUCAAAUAUGACGAGGCUAUCCGCUCUAACCUGAAGACACCGCCGGCAUCUUUCCAGAAGCCCACCCCGCCGCGUCCCCCUCUCCCGAACCAGCAGUUUGGGGUUUCUCUGCAGCACCUAAAAAAUAAGAGCCCCGAGAACGGGAGUAUACCCCAGGUUAUACAGGAGACGGUGUCCUACCUGCAGGAGAACGCUCUGAGCACGGAGGGGAUAUUUCGGAGAUCAGCCAGCACUCAAGUUCUCCGGGAGGUUCAGCAGAAGUAUAACAUGGGGGUACAAGUUAGUUUCCAAGACUACGAAGAUGUCCACCUUCCUGCGGUCAUCCUCAAGACUUUCCUCCGCGAGCUCCCUGACCCGCUGCUGACUUAUAACCUGUACAACUUUGUGGUCUCUUUCUCCAAUCUAGAGCAAGAGAAGAAAGUGGAGUCAACGCGCCAGAUUCUGCAGACCCUGCCAGCGGAGAAUUAUGAAGUCCUCCGGUUCCUCACAGCCUUCCUCGUGCAGGUGUCCGAACGCAGCUCUGAGAAUAAGAUGACGAACACAAACCUGGCCGUGGUGUUUGGGCCAAACUUCCUGUGGGCAAAGGACGCGGCCAUGACUUUAAAAGCCAUAAACCCCAUCAACACUUUCACCAAGUUCCUGCUGGACAAUCAGAAGGAGCUGUUCGAGGAACUUCAGCCAUGAGCAAGACUCCUUCCGCUGCGACACAACACCACUGCCGGUCUGCUGACACACAACCCCCCCACCCUAGCGCUGUCCUAUGACCUGUGAGCCCAUGUUGGCGUGUGUGUGUGUGUGUACACAUCUGUGUGUAUCUGUAUGUGACACAUUGGAGCUGGCAUCUCCAAACCUGUAGAAAAUCCUAGCAGUGCAUGUAACGUGUAUGUGUGUGUAUCUGGUGCGUGUGGCUUGGUGUCAGCUGAUGCCUCUGGCAGGCCGUAAGCACUUUCACGUCCUCUGUAAUGACGGCGUAUGAACGGGGCAUGGCGUUUGAGAUGGAUUGGAUAGAGCUGUGGCUUCUCCUGCCUUUUUUUUGGAUCUUCCCUUAUUUUCUUCUGUAUCCUCCAUAUAUCUGACGUGUAUUCGCUGCAUACCUGUAGCUAUACCUGUACACGGAAACGCGUGUUCCCGCUCACGUGAGCGCUCUGACACGGAGAACCUUAAAAGAGGACUUGUUGUGGAUAAUGCAUUGUCCGUGGUUGAGCUAAAGACCUAAUGGUCCUUCGCACGCGCGUGUAAGAUGUGAUUUUUAUAAUGAAUCUUCUUUUAACUGUUUCCGUGCUGGAAUGCU